AUGACAAGAGACACUGGAUAUUCCACCAUGGCUGACCAGCAGAAGCAGGAAGAAAAGCUCUGGUAUGCCAUAAAGAUCUCUGCCUACGUCCUUGGUACUGUCCUGGUCACCAUCACUGCCUUAGUGAACUCUUUUUCCUGGUAUGUGCAGACUAUCUGGGACACUUCAGGCCAUUUCUGGCAAACAAUGUGGCUGAAGUUCUAUGACCUGUAUGAGGGAAAUGAGUGGAGCAUCUUCCUCUUUGGGGCUGCAUUGGUUCCUGGCCUUGCUUUCUGGUGCUUCAAUGGAAUCCUUAUGGUGGCUGAUGUAACUGGAAAGCCAACUUUCAUUACUCGCUAUCGCAUUCAGCUGGGCAAGAAUGAUCCUGUGGACACAAAGAGAUUGCGCCAGGCCAUCUACACAGCACUGUUCAAUCAGUUCUUUAUCUCCUUUCCCAUGCUCGUGCCCAUGUUCUACAUCAUGAAAUGGUGGGGCAACACCUUCAGCAAGGAACUACCCACCUUCCAGUGGUUUCUUGUGGAGUUAAUCAUCUUCACCCUUAUAGAGGAAAUUCUCUUCUACUAUACACACAGGCUUGUCCACCUCCCACUCCUGUAUAAGCACAUCCACAAGAAGCACCAUGAAUGGACAGCCCCCAUUGGUGUGGUCUCCAUCUACGCUCACCCAGUAGAGCACAUACUCUCCAACACACUGCCUGUCAUGACUGGACCAAUGGUCAUGGGGUCCCACAUCGUGUCCAUCGCAGCCUGGUUCUCUCUCGCUCUUAUAACGACGAGCAUCUCACACUGUGGCUACCACCUGCCUCUCCUGCCCUCACCAGAAUUCCACGACUUCCACCACCUCAAGUUCAACCAGUGCUAUGGAGUCCUGGGAGUGCUGGAUUAUCUGCAUGGAACAGAUAAAGUGUUCAGACAAACCAAAGCCUUCGAGAGACACAAGGUCUUGCUCAGCCUCACACCACUCUCAGAAAGCAUCCCUGAGGCACCCAAGAGGGCAGAGUGA